UACUCAAACAGAUAAUUGAUUUGAGCUUCAACAGAAUCCAUCAUCUUCUCUCUUCCCGCCAUCUUCAUUCACUCAACUUAUCACUUUUGAAUAUCUGAAAACUCCUUAAAUCUCCAUUUUUUGUCGAACAUAGAGGAAACUCUAUCAAAUUAAAGAACUUGAAACCCUAAUUUCUCGACAAAGAUAAAACAAGAACAAACAAAUGGUACAAUUUCACGAGCAUAUAAUCUCAGACCUUUUAGAAGACGAAAAUGGCGGCUUAGUUAUCCUCUCUUCGGGACUUUCUCUCUCUAAACUCAUCGCAACUCUCCUCUCUCUUCACUCCUCCGAUCAAGGUACUCUCUUAAUCCUCUCCGCUAAUCCUUCUCAACGCAAAUCGAUUUUACUUUCAAACCCUAACCCUAACCCUAACCCUAAUUUCAAUGGCGGACCUAUUGAAAUCAAUACGGAGCUACCAUCGCACCAGCGUCACGCACUUUACUCUUCCGGUGGCGUCUAUUUCAUCACUUCUCGCAUUCUCAUUGUUGAUCUUCUCACCUCCAAAAUCCCCACCUCUAAAAUUGCCGGCAUUCUUAUUCUCAAUGCGCAUUCUCUGACUGAAACAUCGACCGAGGCGUUUAUCGUUCGAAUAUUGAGAUCAUUGAAUAGAAAUGCCUAUAUACGGGCGUUUUCGGAUAAGCCUUGCGCAAUGGUCUCUGGAUUUGCGAAAGCAGAGAGGAUUAUGAAGUGUUUGUUUGUUAGGAAGCUGCAUUUGUGGCCUAGGUUUCAGGUUUACGUUUCGCAGGAGCUUGAGAGGAAUCCUUCUGAGGUGGUGGAUUUUAGAGUUCCGAUGAAUGUGGCGAUGAAGGGGAUUCAGAAGGCCAUAAUUGAGGUUAUGGAUGCUUGUUUGAAGGAAAUGAGGAAGACUAAUAAGGUUGAUGUUGAGGAUUUGACAGUUGAGAAUGGAUUGUUUAAGUCUUUUGAUGAGAUUAUUAGGAGACAAUUGGACCCAAUUUGGCAUAACUUGGGGAAGAAGACCAAACAACUUGUUUCGGACUUGAAGACCUUGAGGAAAUUGUUGGAUUAUCUUGUUAGGUAUGAUGCAGUGACUUAUUUGAAGUAUUUGGAUUCACUGAGGGCUUCGGAGAGCUUUAGGUCAGUUUGGAUUUUUGCAGAAUCAAGUUAUAAGAUAUUCGAGUACGCAAAGAAGCGGGUUUAUCUUUUCACGAGAUCAGAGGCAGGGACGUCAAGUGGGCAAAACGAAAAUGUGACAGGAAAGAAGAGGAAGUUGAAGGAGAGUAGCAAUGAGAAACAAGGUGGAGGAGUUUUUCUUCAAGAGAUUUUGGAGGAACCACCAAAGUGGAAGGUGUUACUUGAUAUUUUAGAGGAGAUUGAAGUAGAGAGAACGAAACAAGCAUCAUCAAUUGAUGAACUUGUGGGUGCAAAUGAAGAUGAUAACAAUGGUAUUGUUUUAGUUGCAUGCAAGGAUGAACACUCAUGCAUCCAGCUCGAGGAUUGCAUUAGAAAUGGCCCAAAGAAGGUGAUGCGAGAAGAAUGGGAGAAGUAUCUGCUCAGCAAAGUAGAAUUAAAAGGUUAUCAAGGACGGCGUAAAGGUGCUAAGAAGAAAGCUAAGGAGCCUAAAGGUUUUGGCAUACUUGACGGUGUUGCAAAAAAUACUAAAGAAGAUGCAGGAUCUAGCAGCAUAAACAAGCAGGAAAAUGAUGCCCUGCUGGCUGCUGCAUCGGCAAUAAGAAAUUUGUCCAAGAAUAAGGUCGUUGAAGGCCAACCUGAUGUCGACAAUGAAGAAAAUGCACGAGGAAGAAGAAAGGGGAAAAGCAAGAAAACCUCACAGGAAAAACAGAACUUGGAAAAGCAUAAUAAGACUCAAUAUAAUUCUAAAACAAGUGAUAAAUCUCAAGUAGCUAGUCCUGAUACCGGAGGUGUGAGAAAUGGUAAUGCAGGUACUGAAGAUGGUUUUCAUGAGGGCAUGCAGAGAACUCUACAUGCUGGAAAUGGAUUUCUCAGGAGGCAUACUGAAGAUGUUAUUACUGAUGCUAUGACUAACCGGGGGACACUACCUCCAGUACAUUUUCAUGCCCUAGAAAGUGAUCUGGCUAUACUUGACAUUUUGAAGCCAUCCGUAAUCAUCAUGUACCAUCCUGAUAUCGCCUUUGUCCGAGAAGUGGAGGUCUACAAUGCUGAGAAUCCAUCCAAGAAACUGAAAGUUUACUUUCUUUUCUACGAAGAUUCGACUGAGGUACAGAAGUUUGAGGCCAGCAUACGCCGUGAAAAUGGAGCGUUCGAGUCUUUGAUUAGGCAAAAAUCAAUGAUGAUGAUUCCAGUUAACCUAGAUGAUCAUCUUCUGGGUGUAAAUUCUCCCAUUGAGCCACAGUCAUCAGUGGCUCAAAAUUCAUUAACCAGAAAAGCUGGUGGAAGAAAGGAGGCUGAUAAAGAAAUGCAGGUCAUAGUGGACAUGAGAGAGUUCAUGAGCAGCCUCCCAAAUGUUCUCCACCAGAAGGGCAUGCGCAUUAUACCAGUGACCUUGGAAGUUGGUGACUACAUCCUCUCCCCGUCGAUAUGUGUAGAAAGGAAAAGCAUACAGGAUCUUUUUGGAAGUUUCGCGUCUGGACGGCUCUAUCACCAAGUUGAGACCAUGGUGCGAUAUUACAGAAUACCUGUCCUCUUGAUUGAGUUUUCACAGGACAAAAGCUUCUCUUUUCUGUCAGCAAGUGAUAUUGGUGAUGAUGUCACACCAUAUAGCAUCAUCUCAAAGCUCACAUUGCUAGCUAUGCACUUCCCUCGUUUGCGUAUAGUCUGGUCUCGCAGUUUGCAUGCAACCGCUGAAAUAUUUGCUUCUUUAAAAGCAAAUCAGGAUGAACCUGAUGAGGCCAAGGCAACAAGAGUUGGUGUUCCGUCGGAAGAGGGAAUUGUGGAGAAUGAUGUGAGGGCUGAAAACUAUAACACAUCUGCUGUCGAGUUCUUGAGACGUCUGCCAGGUGUCUCUGAUUCAAACUACAGGGCUAUAAUGGAUGGAUGCAACAGCUUAGCUGAUUUGGCUGUUCUCCCAGUUGAGAAGCUGGCCGAUCUGAUGGGAGGACAGAAAGCUGCUCACACCCUUCGGGAAUUUCUCGAUGCCAAAUACCCAACUAUGAUGUGACGCUUCAUUAUUGAGUUGCGAAUUGUGACGCUUCAUUGACAAAAAGUUUUAGUGAAUGGGAGGUAUUGAAGUUGAGGUGAGGAUAGACAAAUAAGACAACUCCUUUCUCUAUAUGGGAGGAUAAUAUAGGUAGUGCUGUUUUAGUGAUGGAAGCGUGGUAAUUUAUACAUCUUCAUCCCUAAAAUUUUAAUGCACCCGACCCCAAUUUAAUGGGAUAGUCUCCUGAAGUUGCUGUGUUAUCCUACGCACUUUUAUGUGAUUAUCACUGCAUUCGUCCUUACGUUUUACAGUAUUUUAUCUUUUAUAGUUGCUGUUGUAUAUGGUCUAUGCAAAAGCCAAAUUCGUCUUUUUAUUUUUCCCAAAUAUCUGUAUCAAAGAUAUUGGAUACAAUUCUCGUUCUCGAGGUAUCAAUUAAAAUGUAUUAUUAUUUCCAA